AUAUUGAAUGAUUGCCGUCAGAAGUAUAUUGAAUGGUAGGAAUUCUAUCAAAAUGCAUUUAUUCUAUAUAUAUUGGGAGAACGGUGAGCGGGAAAAUAUUGGUCUCGCUCUCUCCACUCUGGUGAUUAUCAAGGCAGGAAUUAUUACUUGACGAGAUUUUCUCCAAUACAAACCAGCAAGACAAACUACGGCAUUGCCAAUAUAUAGACAAAACGGCAAGUCUACUUUUACCAGUGACAGAUCUAUUUAUCAAUGAUAAAAGUUUUAUAUUUUUUAAUUUUUCUCCAACAUUAGAGCAUAUAUUUACUGUAAAAUUAAAAUAAUAUAUAUAAAUAUCAAUUGUUAUAACAAUAAACAGUGAAAAAUAAAAUUCAUUGGAAUUUUAUUUCAUCUUGUGCGGAGAAGUUUUAAAGACUGACUGGAUUUAUUAGUGGUAAUAGAAGUAAUGAAAAUAGACUGAUAUAUGUUGAGCUUCAGAUGAAAACAAAAUCUAGUUAGCUGAAGGCAACCAGAAAUAGAGACAUUCCACGGGGAUAAUUAGAGACAUCGAAAGACAAAAGAAGACAGCUCUCCAUCGUCUAGAGUUCCGCACUUCUAGCUACAGUCAGAAAUCAGCAUCUACUAUUUGAGAGGGUAUUAAAGACCUGGGGGAAAAUAUCAGUCAAUAUUGCUGGAUUCAAUAAUCCUAUUGUGAUGAGAGGAGAUACUGUAAAAGUAAAUACAAUGGUUCCAUCGGCAUGAAAAUGACAAACUUAAUACAGGACAGAUUUUACACAUUGUGAUGGAAGAAGUAACUGGUACCCAAAUUAAUUAUACUCUAACCUUUCACAACUUCAACUCUUCAUCUCCACCUACAUACUACGGCAACAACAACAACAACACUACCAACAACAUGACCAAGUUAAUACCACACUUUGGGAUCCAACAUGAUGAACUUUCUUUUGAAAAAGUGUUCGAGAUCUACAUAGUGCCAGUGUUAGUUGUAUUUGGUACCAUCGGGAAUCUUCUAAUACUACUAACUGUACGCCAGAGGAACAUGAGUAACUGGUCAAUAUGUUUCUAUCUUGCCGCUUAUGCCGUUGUCAAUAUCAUCAUCCUAGUGCCUAUGUCCGGUUUGGAGUGGCUGUGCAAAGUAACUGGAACUAAAUAUGUGACGGAACUCACCGACUGGACAUGUAAAUUAUGGCAAUUUGUCAUGGGGGUUUCCAUCUAUUCUGGAAUAUGGUUUAUGUACGCAAUGCUUGUGGACCAAUACAUAGUUAUCUGGUUGCCCCAUAAAGCACAGUCGAUGUGUACAAUAUUCAUGGCAAAGUUUGCUACAGUGAUAAUAGUGAUUGGCCUUAUCGUGGUCAGUAUCCACGCAAUAUGGACAUAUGAACUUUUCUCAAAUGGAUGCUUUGUGUCACCUGCCCAGAAUGAUAUUCUCACAAUUGUUUGGCCAUGGGUUUCCCUAUGUUGCUACUGUAUCAUACCUCUUCUCCUUAUUAUAAUCUUCAUUGUUCUCGUCAUAUACGGAUCGUUCACAAAAAAUACGUGGAAAAAAUCGUCCAGCAACUAUCAAGUACCUAUUGAUAUCACGUUCAUGACUGUCGCUCUUUCAAUAUUCUAUGUCCUUUUUGUAGGACCUGCGACUGUUCUCAACAUAAUGGAGAUCAACCUACCAAAUUCUUGGCUACAUGAUCCUGAAUUCUACAAAGCAAUCAUGGUAGCGGUAACCGUCGGUGACCUACUUACAUUUCUCAAUCCAACAUUCGCUUUUGUCAUUUGUGUGUCUUUCUCAUCAACAUUUCGUUUAGAGUUGCAAGAAAGGAUAAAAAGCUUGUGUUGUGAGAACGUUAUUCGUGUGUAUGAAAUGCAAGUGAAUAAUGCUGGAAAUGUUGGCAAUGAUCCAGAAAAUUGCUCGGAGACCACACCCUUGUAAAAACACUCGUAACAUUCUUAUAGCAAAUAUCGUGUAAUUCAUAUUUAUUACGGAGAUUUCUAAAUUUUGUGAUGUGUUAACUAUUCACUAUUUGCCAAACAAUUCAGUCACUCUGUAACUGAAAAUGACAAAAUUAUAAUAGUGUAGGUUCCUAAAUGGUUUUCCUUUACAUUAAAAUUGGUUGAAGCUAAAUGGCUCCUCUUUUUCACAAGGAAAAUUUGAAGAAAUCUACAACAUAUUCUAUAAUGAAAUUUUUAUUUUUUUUUCUAUGUAAUGCAUUAAAAAAGAAAAUAAUUAAGUGUUGUCUACUAAAAGAAGAAAUGUCUAGCAACAUAAAUGAUUCUGACAGAGAAAAACUAAUGCUUAUAUUCACAAGUAAGUUCCAUGGAAUUCAGCUUUGUUCAUAAAUCACUAUUGAAGCGACACUUGGUAGGUGUUUUUAAGGUGUGAAAAUGUCAGACCUUGUCUGGUGGCAUUAAAGAUUUUUCCCUAUAAACAUGAGGCUGUCUUUGGCUAUAUAAUUAUAGUCCUUGUGCAAAAUUUGAUUCCAUCAAGAGAUAAAACAACACAUUUAUUUACUGAUUGUGAGAAAUAAUUGAUUGAUUAAGCCAAACAAUGUGAGCAUGUUCUGUUCAAAACAGAUAAUAAAUCAUCUUAUCUAAAUUAUAUAAACAGAUUGUUUUCAACUGAACCAAAAUUGAAUAUUUAAAUAGCCACCAAAAUGCUUUAUACCUUCAAAAAUAACAAAGAAACUCAAAGAUUUUUCUAUUAUCUGUUAGAUAAUGUAAAGUGUUAUAUAUCCAAGGUUGAUGCACAGAUGGGCUGGGUAUCUAUCAUACCAAAUUAUGUAAAGUUGACUUUUUUACAACAAUAAUGCCAAUGUGAACAAUAUGGAGUUGGCAUGUCAGUACUAUAAUUGUUUUUAAAUCACAUAAAGUAAACAAGAGCACCGCUAGGCGGAGCAUUAUAUGCCCGAAAGUGAUUUUUUUUUUUAGUAAAGAUGAAGCAUUUGUAAGACAUGGAAAUUAAAUAGAGUAUUACCUCCUUCACAAAACAAUCCUCCUUUGAAGUUUCAAACUUGUGGUCCAAAUGGAACUUAAGUUAUGCCCCGGAAACUGUUUUCAGUUCUAAGGUAAUACUGACCUUGACCUUAUGACCCCAAAAUCAAUGGGGGUCUUCUACCCAAUAUGGACAAUUAUACUAUGAAGUUUAAACACAGUGGGCCAAAUGAAACUUAAGUAAUGUUCAGACAACUGUUUUCAGUUUUAAGGUAAUAGUGACCUUGAA